AUGACCGCCGAAUCAUCUAAUCUCGACCACACCCUCCCUUCCCGUCCGACGCCGUCGAAAAGUGCUGCUGUAGCCAACAAUGAAGAGUCCAAAUUGACCGCUCUCGAGAAGGCCGAGCUUGCCCUCGCAGACAAAUACAGUUCGCCAGACGUUUACAUCGACAGAGAAAAAGAUACCUGCUGGCAUCCGUGGCUUAAUAAUCUCGAGCUGAAGCCUUUGCGUUUCGAGUCCCGCACAGGUACAUUCGUCGUCGUCUUACGCAGCUUGGAAGAUACAUGGUUGGGCAAGCACCGACAUCGAGGCUCUGUCACUGCCGUUACCUUGAAGGGAGAAUGGAACUACAAAGAGUAUGAUUGGGUAGCCAAACCAGGAGACUACGUUGUGGAAAACCCGGGAACAAUUCAUACACUCCACAUGUCCAAGGGAGCGGAGGUGGUUUUCACAAUCACCGGUAGUUUGGAAUAUUUCCAUGAUGAUGAUACCCUGAAGAACACGAUGGAUAUCUUCAGUUACGCUCAUCUGUACUAUGAGCAUUGUAAAAAGCAGGGAAUCAAGCCGAAUGAUGGGCUUUGGUACUAG